CGAUUAGAAACGGCUCGCGCAUCAACUAACGUGGCAGUCUCCAAGACAACGUUUAAAGGAACUGAUAUCGCGGUGGUGACGCAAAAAAUAGAGAAAAAGAGGAAAAGAAUCUUUAUGGCUUUGUGCGUUUUAGACGAGUCGGAGCGGGAAAAGAUAUAAGUCGGGUUUGUUUAUUUGUUGUUGUUUUUGUUGUUUUUUUAAUCGCUACUUGGCUGCGGCGCGCGCGCGCAUUAGUUGACAGAUGCACGGAUGAACUUGUGGAGAAGCUUUAACGCGACUCGGAGCUGGACAGAAGGACAGAAGGACAGAGGGAGCACGGGAUGCGUGUUAAUCAAGAGGAUGCACGCGUCUGGAGGAGAUCCGUGGUAGCGCGUGCCAUGCGAGUGUCUCACGUUUUUGCGCCGCGCGCGCUUUGGAGAUGCGAUUCUGGAAAGACAGAAAGAGAGAGAAAGAGAGAGACAGCGAGCAGACGGGAAUAUACGACUUGUUCUCCGGAAAGCCUUCUUUUGUUCCCUUCUUCACGCGCACACUGAUGUGAAAGCGGAAACGCGCGCCUGCAUGAUGGCUAAAUAAAAUAAAAAUUAAUAAAACAACAAGAAGAAGAAGAAGCGCAAAGAAGGCCUCUGUGUUGUCGUAGCGAUGAUCGCGACUGGGGGUGUGAUCACGGGCCUUGCGGCCCUGAAGAGGCAGGACUCCGCCCGCUCCCAGCAUCACCUGCCCAGCCAGUCCCCUGUCCCUCCUCCUGAGAAGAAACGCUUAAAAAGAAAACCUCGCACGGAUAUUGUUGUGGUCCGUGGAAAAAUUCGCCUGUACUCUGCCUCUGGUUUCUUUCUCGUUCUUGGAGUCCUUAUUUUGAUGGUUGGUAUUGCCAUGGCUGUACUCGGGUACUGGCCUCACAAGGACCACCUGAGAACACCCGAGAGCAAACACUCGGGAAACGACACUAAGGCAGCGGCAGAGGCAGCAGCAGCACAGGAGCAGGCAGGGAAGAUGGCACAGUUCUUUGAGCAGCAUUUGCACUCAGAGAAAAUGAAGAUGCUUGGACCCUUCACGAUGGGCAUUGGGAUAUUCAUCUUUAUCUGUGCCAAUGCUAUCUUACACGAGAACAGGGACCGAGAGACGAAGGUCAUUCAUAUGAGGGACAUGUACUCAACUGUCAUAGACAUCCACAGCCUGAGAUUACAGGAGCAGAAGUGUAUGAACGGCGCUUACACAGGUCCUUAUGCUGACCACGAGAUCCGCUCUUAUGGACAGGACAGUCAGUACACCUCACGGCUAGCCGCUAACACACUGCUGACAUUCUCUGGAUUGGGCGGCGAUGUACGACUUUCCCGCCGCACAAGCUCCGCUGAAGAUGAGGAAGGUCUAAUGAGUGAAGGAGGCUCGGGCUUGUUGUCACCCGGGUAUAGAGAACGUUCCGGAUCGAUAUUUGGGUUUCAACCAGAAGGGAUGCGUCACUGGGAAGACAAACGUAAUGAUCUGAAGAAGUGCCAGACACGAUCCAUUGUAUCAUCGUCCAUCAGCGCCUUCACGCUUCCUGUCAUCAAACUCAACAACUGCGUGAUCGACGAGCCUGACAUUGACAACAUAACCGAGGACUCUGAGCAGCUACGAGACAGAUCAAGACCUUCGUCCAUGGAGUCCUUAACUGUACCUAUUCCAGAUAUCUCGAAAGCCUUCAAGCCUCCCAGUACGUUACUCCGGAGUAACUCUGCUACAGAGUCCCCUGCGUAUGCAUCUGUGUCUGCUUCAUCUGCAUCCUCCCUGUCUCCAGGAUCCACCAGCGGCCGCUUCCUGUCUCCUGGAGCAGCUCGGAAAGACUUUGGCUCGAACAAUUCUCUCCAUAUGCUCUCGGCUCACUCCAAGUCUCUGGACCUGGAACGAGGUCCCACCAUGCUGACCGUACAGCCAGAACAGCGCAAGCACCCCAGCUGGCCCAGGCUGGACCGCAGCAACAGCAAAGGCUACACCAAGCUGGAGAAUAAAGAAGACCCGAUGGACAGGCUGCUGGUGCCCCCAGUGGCUGUGAAGCGCGAUUACACCAAAAAAGAAAAACUGCUCAUGAUCUCAAGGUCACACAACAAUCUGAGCUUCGAGCAUGAUGAGUUCAUGAGCAGCACUCUGAAAAGAGGGACAUCCGAGACCAGGUUUUAGGGGACUUAUUGUGCACACAUCUUCACCCCUCUGCAAUAUAAAUACAUACUUAGAAUGACAUUUUGUUGUUUUGCAACAUUGUUGAAGUGGUUGUGAAUUUCAGAAACACAAGUCCCAUGGACUGCAAGCUCAGGUGGAUAUUCUGAUAGUCAGAGCAUUUCUAAAAUGAAACGUAAGGAUUUUUAACCCCGGAAACAAAAAGCUCACAGGUGAAUCACUGUAUAUAGACUGUGAUGUAAUAGCUGUGUCAUUUGUUACGUUUGUUAAACGCAUUCUAGUAUGUUUCUGUAUUUGAUAACCAUUGAUACAGGACCUGAUGGUAGUUGUGUGUAGAGAGUGUGUGUGUAGAGAGAGUGUGUGUGUGUGCAUUGUUGUACCAGAGAUGGAUGAUUAUUUUGCUAUGAGGUUUUAAAUAAUUUAUUGUUCAAAAAAAAAAAAAAAAAACUACACACAUGGCUAUUUUUGAACAAGAGUCUUCAAUGUAUUAUUUAUCUGUUUCUCAGAAUAAAAGUAACCUUUUCACACAA